AUGGACGAGCUGUCCAAGUCCAGGACGCUGGAAAAGCUGAAAAGGACGACGGUCGUUCCACCAGUUCUCGGCUCGUAUCUGAAGAAUUUCAAUCUUGCAGAAAGGUACGCCGAUUUGGAAGCACUGUCACCAACGGACUACUACGGUAACCAGCUUAAGAUACGCGCCAACAAUGCGCAGUACAACAUACGUGGCGUCAAGCGAUCUACGGGACGGGGCAACGUUGCCUUGGCCGGUGGCGAUGCCAACUGGGCCAUGAACAUGGUUCACGUGUACGCUGGACUAUUGCGACUGCCCUUUUACUCCACUGAUGUGCCCCUCGCGAUCAAGUACGGUGGUUUGGGAAGUGCUACUGGGCGACUGUUGGCGCUACUGUUCACCGGCAAGAAUGUGAUGAAAGAUGUUCUAGGCUCUACCUCGCACUGGUGGACCGGAGGUGUGUACCAAGAGUACAAAAAGAGGGCAAUGUGUUUCGCUCAGCAAGCCAAUCCCGACGCUGCUUUGGGGGAAGAGGCUGACUUCCUAGUCGACUACCUUGGAGCACGCGUAGCACUGGACGCCCUCCUUUACGCCAUGGCCGACCGUAAGACUCGCCUCUUGAUACCCGGCAUCGCACUGAGUGAUGAGCAACUCUUCUUCAUUACGUACUGCCACGUAAUGUGUGCCAGCGUUGAGUUCGAAGGAAAACUAAUGCUACCCGAAAGAGCGCUUAAACGCUGCAACGGGGCCGUCAUGAAUAUGCCAGAGUUCGGCAGAGCGUUCAAUUGUACGCAUGGCAAGGUCGACAAAGAGGCGAUUCUCAACCCCGCAUAUAAAUGCUCCCUCUACUGA